AUGACAUCUCUUUACUAUGUCGAUAAUAUUAAUGUUCCAAAUAUUGGAGAAGUUAUUCACAACUAUCAACUCGAGAAAGUUUUAGAUAAUACAAAAAACUCAGUGGUGUAUAUAGCAAAAAAUAAAAAAACUAACGAGCAAUUUGCUUUAAAGCUAAUUAAGCACCGUGAAAGAAUAACAGAUAGAGUCAAUACAGAAGCAGAUCUUAUGUCAAAUUGUAAAUGUCCAUUUAUUAUUCAAGCUAAAGAAAUUUUUGAUUACCCUCCCUACAAAUGUCUUGUCAUGCCAUUGGCCAUGGCAGAUAUGAAAAAUAUUCUUAAUAAUUCUCAAAAUCAUCAAUUGGACGAAGAUCUUGUUAAAGAAGUUAUUCGCUCAGCUCUUUUAGCACUUAAGUAUUUGCACGAAAAUCAAAUUUGCCAUCGGGAUAUUAAACCAGAGAAUAUUCUUUUCCUUGGCAAAUCGGAAAAUGAAUUUCUUCAACUCACUGAUUUUGGCUUUGCAACAAAAGUACAAGAAAAUGAACUCUGCAAUGAAUACGUGGGAACACUUAAUUAUGCUGCUCCUGAAAUUAUUUCUGGCAUUCCUUACAAUAAAUCAAUUGAUAUAUGGUCUCUUGGUGUUUCAAUGUAUAUGCUAUUGAGUGGCAGUAGCCAUUUCCCCAUAAAUCCUGAGAGUACUCUUUGA